AAUGAGACACAAUCUGGUGUGUCAGACACCUCCCUCUGUCACUGUUCAUGUAAAAUCGAGUGCAUCCAGAUCACAUCAGCAAAAACACGUUAUUAGACUAAAACGUCCUACUUUUAAAGACCGUCAUGAAAAUUGUGAAAAAAAGGUUCCUAGUCAUAAAUAUAAACGUCCAAAGGGACCGUGUCUAGUUAUUCAGCGUCAGGAAAUGACAGCUUUCUUUAAAUUGUUUGAUGAUGAUCUAAUUCAAGACUUCCUAUGGAUGGACUGUUGCUGUAAAAUUGCAGACAAGUAUCUUUUGGCAAUGACUUUCGUUUAUUUCAAGAGGGCUAACUUCACAAUAAAUGAGCAUACCAGAAUCAAUUUCUUUGUUGCUCUGUAUCUGGCAAAUACAGUUGAAGAAGAUGAUGAAGAAUCAAAAUAUGACAUUUUCCCAUGGGCUUUGGGAAAAAUGUGGAGAAAACACUUCCCUGAUUUCUUAAAGUUAAGAGAUCAACUGUGGAGUAGAAUUGACUACAGGGCUAUUGUAAGCAGACGUUGCUGUGAAGAGGUCAUGGCUAUUGCUCCAACACAUUACAUAUGGCAGCGAGAACGUUCUAUGCACCACAGCGGAGCUGUGAGAAACUAUAACAAAGAUGAAGUACAGCUGCCACGAGGACCUCGUGCUACUCCUGUAGACUGCUUGCUUUGUGGUAAGAAAGGAAGAUUUGUAGGACUAGGAUUAUCAUCAUCUUCCUCUUCAUCUACUGGCACUUUUGAGAUGAUGGAAACACAUCUAUCUCAGGAUUUGAAGGACACCUUUCCAAUUGAAAAAAUGCUGGUUGACCCUCCUUUUUCUUAUGUGCAAGACUAUCACAGCCUGUCCAACAAAAGGAGACAAGGUAGCACCCUGAACCAAGACAAAUCCAUGGACUGGUUUACAAGAAAUGAAGAAUGAAGUGCAUCAAAUGAGACAGAAACAGAAAUUCUGUUCUUUGUGUAAUGAUCGGUAUUGUAUAGCAGUUAUCAUAUGUGAUGGAUUCUGUUAAAACCUUUUCCUUCAAAUUAGUCAUGGGAUGUCAAAGUUCAUACGCAGUAGAAAUCAAAGCAGAAAUUCUUUAACAGCUAAACAACUUGCAGAACAUAGUGGCAUUUUGUAACAUUUUAUUUUAUUCUGAUACAAUACUCAAAUUAGCAGCUGACAUCUCAGCAACAUCAAGAAAGCAGUGGUUGAAACUUUCUCAGCUUGGUGAGGAACGCUAAUUAAAAAACAAAACAUGUUACUACUUCAGUAUUUAAAAUGCAAUAAUUUAUUGUUAUAAGUUUUAUGAUUUCAUUAUAUAGUAAUGUGUCACAUGCUUGCACAAAAAAUAGUAUUUUUGAAAAUAAAAUACCACUAAACACUUAAGAUAAAAAUAUUUUCCAAACGUCUCACCUGAAUGAGCAUCCUGCCAAUAAGAUGGUCUAGCAACGUAAGGCACUGAGGAGUAUGUUUCAACAUUGUCAGAAAGUGAUUCUGCGAAAAGUAUGCAUUUUUUAAAUUUUCCAACAGGUUUAAAAAGUACAGACAUCAGACUAGAGUUAUCAAAGUGUAUGUAUUACUUUUCUGUGCUAUCUUUUCACUUUCUUUCUGCUUCUGUUAAACUGCUUCAUUGUCACCUACUAGUACAUUCAGACCUUUUUGCUCUAAUAUGGAUUUUGCAAAUCUGUACUAGUAUGACUUGGUUUUUUUUGGAUUUGCCAGAAUAGCAAAAACAAAAAAUUACAAAACAAAGCACAGGGGUAACAUCCCCUCUGUGGAAUCCUUAAACCCCUCAGGGUCCUUUAAAGCAGCAAUGGGCUGAGUAUGGAGGAAUGAAUUUUAUAUACAUAAAAAGUAGCUGAGAACAGUAAUGAAAAGACAGUCAUUCUUAAUUUAUAGACUGCAGUUUGUUUUCUAGUUUAGAUUUUUAAUAAGAUAUUUAAAUUCAAAUAGCCAUUAAUAUAUCCUUUUUCAAACCUGGUAAGGCAAAGGUUUUCUAAAACCUUGUCUGUUCCUCAUGAGAGUAUCAGCUGACCUAAGAAAAGAUACUGCCUCUUCCUACAAACUUUGCCUCCACUAUAUCCUUAGACUAUCAAAUUGCAUUAACAGUAUAGCACAUUAACAGUAAAUGUUCUUACCAUCAUAUUCACUUCCUUUAAGAACUGUUUGAUCCUGAAAAUGGAUUUCUUCAUGUUCUUUUUGUUGAGCUUCUUCCUCAGUAUUCUCUUGAGUUUCCACUAUUUGGACUGACUUGUAAUUCUUGAUUGUAGCAGGGAGUACUAACCAAUUUCUGUGUGUUACGUCAAUGAUCCUUUCACACAAAAAAGGGAGCUUGCAGGUCCGUAUUCUGUCUAAAAGGGCAAUAACCUGUGUGAUGCUUUUGGAGAAAUGCAAAGGAUAAAGCAGUAUUUUUGAAAACUGUAAUCAAUAGAUCAACUGCUGGUCUGAAUUCUAUUGCCUUUGUCAUAUUCUUUACUUUUGAGUUUACAUGAGUCUUUCAAUUUUAGGGUAAAGGAGCUCGAAAUCUGACUACUGAAUUGGAAAACAAUACACAAUUAUUUUGAGGAUGUUGUUAAUUGAAAACUUCCACUG